AAAGGGGGUGGAGGGGGGCGCCCCCCCCAGCGAAGAAAAGAGCCCCCGCAAAACCUCCGAGGACAAAGCCGGCAGAGAGGACAAACCCCGAAGGCCUUUUGGGGGUCCCCGAAGUGGCGGCGGAGGUGAAGCUUUUCGUCCUCCCCUUUUAUGUGGGGAACAACGAGGGGAAUGGGGGGCGAAUUGGUUCCCCCUUGGAAACGAAAUGGAACCCCCCGAAGACUUUUUACCUCCUCCGGAAUGUCCCGUGUUUGAACCCAGUUGGGCGGAAUUUAGGGAUCCUUUGGGUUAUAUCGCCAAAAUUCGCCCCAUCGCGGAGAAAAGUGGCAUCUGCAAGAUCAGACCUCCGGCGGACUGGCAGCCCCCCUUUGCCGUGGAGGUCGACAACUUCCGCUUCACCCCUCGCAUCCAACGCCUUAAUGAGCUCGAGGCGCAGACUCGGGUGAAGUUGAAUUAUUUGGAUCAAAUCGCCAAAUUUUGGGAAAUUCAAGGGUCUUCCCUCAAGAUUCCCAACGUGGAGCGCCGCAUUCUGGAUCUCUACAGCCUCAGCAAGGUGGUGAUGGAGGAAGGGGGGUACGAGGCCAUCUGUAAGGACCGGCGUUGGGCCCGGGUGGCGCAGCGCUUGGCGUAUCCGUCGGGAAGAACAUCGGAUCGUUUGCUCCGCGCUCACUACGAGAGGAUCAUUCACCCCUACGAGAUGUACCAGUCCGGAGCGAACCUGGGUCAGUGCAACGCGAGGCCCUUUGAGAGCGAGGAGAAGGAUCGGGAGUACAAACCCCACAGCAUUCCGCUCCGACAGUCCGUCCAACCCUCCAAGUUCAACACCUACGGCCGUCGGGCAAAGAGGCUCCAACAGGAGCCGGAACCGACGGAAGAAGACAUUGAGAAGAACCCUGAGUUGAAGAAACUCCAAAUUUACGGAGCCGGUCAAAUGUUGGGAUUGGGUUUGGUGGCCAAAGAUAAGACCCUCCGGAAGAAAGAUAAAGACGGACCUGAAUGUCCUCCAACGGUGGUGGUGAAAGAAGAACCUCUCCUCUCGGAUUCCAAAGUGGAGAUGACAUCUCCGAAGGUUCCUCCGAUGGAUGGGAAGGAGGAACUUCGCCACAGCCCCGAACCGUGCACCAAAAUGACGAUGCGGCUCCGGAGGAGCCAUAACAACGCUCAGUUUGUGGAUUCCUACGUUUGUCGCAUUUGUUCCCGUGGAGACGAAGACGAUAAAUUACUCCUCUGCGAUGGUUGCGAUGAUAAUUACCACAUCUUUUGUCUUCUUCCUUUGCCCGAAAUCCCCAAAGGAGUUUGGAGAUGUCCCAAAUGCGUCAUGGCGGAGUGUAAGAGACCCCCGGAGGCCUUUGGCUUCGAGCAGGCGACGCGGGAGUACACUCUGCAGAGCUUCGGGGAGAUGGCCGACGCCUUCAAAGCCGACUACUUCAACAUGCCCGUCCACAUGGUCCCUACGGAGUUGGUGGAGAAGGAAUUCUGGCGGUUGGUCAACAGCAUCGAAGAGGACGUCACGGUGGAAUACGGCGCCGAUAUCCACUCCAAAGAGUUCGGAAGCGGAUUUCCCAUCAGCGACGGCAAAAGGAAACUCUCCCCGGAAGAGGAGGAAUACGCCGCCAGCGGAUGGAACCUCAACGUGAUGCCCGUCCUGAAGCAAUCGGUGUUGUGUCACAUCAACGCCGACAUCUCCGGGAUGAAAGCGUGGCUCUACGUGGGGAUGGUCUUCUCGGCCUUCUGUUGGCACAUCGAGGACCACUGGAGUUACUCCAUCAACUAUCUCCACUGGGGCGAACCCAAGACGUGGUACGGAGUCCCUUCUUUCGCCGCCGAACAUCUGGAGGAGGUGAUGAAGAAGUUGACUCCGAGCUCUUUGGAGAGUCAACCGGAUCUUCUCCACCAAUUGGUGACCCUCAUGAACCCCAACACUUUGAUGGCUCACGGGGUCCCCGUGGUGAGGACCAACCAAUGCGCCGGAGAGUUCGUUAUCACUUUCCCCGCGCUUAUUCACAGCGGUUUCAAUCAGGGCUAUAACUUCGCCGAAGCCGUCAACUUCUGCACCGCCGAUUGGCUCCCGGCCGGUCGUCAGUGCAUCGAACACUAUCGUCGCCUUCGCCGUUACUGUGUCUUCUCCCACGAGGAGUUGAUCUGCAAGAUGGCCGCCUGCCCCGAGAAGUUGGACCUCAACUUGGCCGCCGCCGUCCACAAGGAGAUGUUCGUCCUCGUCCAGGAGGAACGGAAGCUCCGCAAAGCCCUCUUGGAGAAGGGCAUCACGGAGGCGGAGCGCGAGGCCUUCGAGCUGCUGCCGGACGACGAGCGCCAGUGCGACAAAUGCAAGACGACGUGUUUCCUCUCGGCCUUGGCCUGCUACGAUUGUCCUCAGGGCCUCGUCUGCCUCUACCACAUGGACGACCUCUGCAAGUGUCCGCGCAGCAAACAGUACCUCCGGUACCGCUACACUCUGGAUGAGCUCCCGGCGAUGCUCCAUAAGCUCAAGGUCCGAGCGGAAUCCUUCGACACUUGGGCCAACAAAGUCCGCGUCGCUCUGGAAGUGGAGGACGGACGGAAGCGCACGCUGGAGGAGCUUCGGGCGUUGGAAUCGGAAGCGCGAGAGCGGAAAUUCCCGGAGAACGAACUGCUCCAUCGGCUCAAGAGUUGCCUGAACGGCGCCGAGCGCUGCGUCUCCGAAGCCCUCGGACUCAUCAGCGCCCGCGAGAGCGGGCUGCCGUCGCCGUCGCUGUCGGUGGUGGAGCUUCGCUCCUUCCUGGAGCAGAUGCAGCAGCUGCCGUGUGCCAUGCACCAGCUCGGAGAGGUCCAGGCGCUCUUGGAACACGUUGAGGCCUUUCAAGCGGAAGUCCAAGAGGUUCUGGAAGCGGAAUCACCGGAACCCGGAACGUUACGGGAACUCUUGGAACGAGGAACUCGUUUGGGUGUGGAAGUGCCGGAAAAUGGACUUUUGGAAGGACAAUUGGCGCAAACGACGUGGUUGGAGGAAGUGAGGGCGACUUUGAGGUCCCCACGAGCUCGCGUCCCACUUCCGGUGAUGAGGGGUUUGAUCCAAGCCGGAAAAACGGUGGCGCCGGGACCGGCGGUGGAAGUGGCGAUGGCGGAACUGCAGGAAUUGCUCACCAUCGCUCAGCGUUGGGAGGAAAAGGCGCAGAUGUGCCUGGAAGCCAGGCAGAAACACCCUCCGGCCACGCUGGCCGCCAUCAUCAAAGAAGCGGAAAACAUUCCGGCUCUCCUUCCCAACAUCCAAGCGUUGAAAGAAGCUUUGGCCAAAGCUCGCGCUUGGAUCGCCGACGUCGAGGAGAUCCAGAACGGUGACCAUUAUCCCUGUUUGGAUGAUUUGGAGGGAUUGGUGGCGGUGGGCCGGGAUUUGCCGGUGCGGUUGGAAGAGCUGCGGCAGUUGGAAGUGCAGGUGGGAACGGCGCAUUCCUGGCGGGAUAAAGCCUCGCGGACCUUUCUCAAGAAGAAUUCCCGCUACACAUUGUUGGAGGUGUUGUGUCCGUGCGCCGACGCCGGAUCCGACAGCAGUAAAAGGCUGAAAUGGAGGCAGGAACCGGGCCUUUAUAAAUUGGAUGCCGAGAGUUUGGGGCUCUCGGCACAGGAUCUGCGCGAUCCCGGCGCCGUGAUCGUGGCCUUCAAGGAAGGCGAACAGAAAGAGAAGGAAGGAAUGCUCCGUCUGCGUCACGCCAACUCUCAGAAGGCCGCGCCGCCAUUACCGGGUCCCGGUCCUCCAUCUUGCGUUUGCGGUCAAGCGGCGAACGCCGAAAUGCUUCAAUGCCAACUUUGCCGCGAUUGGUUUCACGGCUCUUGCGUGGUUUGGCCUCGGUUAGGGGUUCAAAAACCCUCUCCGGCGUGGUGGGAGUGGGACGCCAAAUUCCUUUGUCCUCUUUGCCAACGGUCUCGUCGGCCGCGUUUGGAAACCAUCUUAGCGUUACUCGUGGCGUUACAGAAAUUACCGGUUCGGUUACCGGAAGGUGAAGCUUUACAGUGUUUAACGGAAAGAGCCAUUACUUGGCAAGAUCGGGCCCGGCAGCUUUUGGCGUCACCGGAUGUCGCCGGUGCUUUGGAGAGGUUGGCGACGUUACGGCAUCGGCUGAACGGAGACGGAACCGGAGCGUUGCGGGAAGCGAGUCGCAACGAGCAGACCAAGGUGUCGGUGGAGAACGGCGCCGCUCCCGAGAAGCACUGCCCCAGCGCAGAGCUGGAGGCGCUGGCGUCGGCGCUGCCGCGGCUGCAGGGCCCGGUGCUGGAGCUGAGCGAGACGCCGCGCCGCGCCCUCGACGACCUCAUGACCGAAGGGGACCUCCUGGAGGUGACCUUGGACGAAGCCCAAACCAUCUGGAGGCUCCUCCAGGCCACGCGGCCGCCGCCGCUCGCCCUCUUCCGUCUUCUCCUCGAGUUGGAGCAGGCGGAAAGGCGGGGGGCUCGCGCCCGGGGACGGGACCCCGAAAGACGUCGGAAACGCCGGGCGGAUCGAGGGGACCUCCCCGCCUUGGCCAAGGAAGAGCUGGAGCCAAAGAGGAGUCGGGGGCCCGAAGCGGGGGGGACCCCACGGGACAGCCCCCCCUUGCCAGGACCCCCCGCCCCAGGGGAUUCGUGACCUGGAGCCCCAGCUCGGACGGACGCUCCUGCCAGAGCUGAGGGGGGGCACACUGGGGACCCCCCCCCCAACACACACACCCCCCCCAGGACCCCCAAUCCCCCCCCCCCCAUAGCCCUUAGG